AUGGUACAGAGGACACAGAGGACACAUGGUACAGAGGACACAGAGGACACAUGGUACAGAGUACACAGAGGACACAUGCUACAGAGGACACAGAGGACACAUGGUACAGAGGACACAGAGGACACAUGCUACAGAGGACACAUGCUACAGAGGACACAUGGUACAGACAACACAGAGUACAGAGGACACAUGCUACAGAGGACACAUGCUACAGAGGACACAUGCUACAGAGGACACAUGGUACAGAGGACACAGAAGACACAUGGUACAGAGGACACAGAGGACACAUGGUACAGAGGACACAGAGGACACAUGGUACAGAGGACACAGAGGACACAUGGUACAGAGGACACAGAGGACACAUGCUACAGAGGACACAUGCUACAGAGGACACAUGGUACAGAGGACACAGAAGACACAUGGUACAGAGGACACAUAGGACACAUGGUACAGAGGACACAGAGAACACAUGGUACAGAGGACACAGAGGACACAUGGUACAGAGGACACAUGCUACAGAGGACACAGAGGACACAUGGUACAGAGGACACAGAGGACACAUGGUACAGAGGACACAUGCUACAGAGGACACAUGGUACAGAGGACACAUGGUACAGAGGACACAUGGUACAGAGGACACAUGCUACAGAGGACACAUGGUACAGAGGACACAUGGUACAGAGUACACAGAGGACACAUGGUACAGAGGACACAUGGUACAGAGUACACAGAGGACACAUGGUACAGCGGACACAUGGUACAGAGGACACAGAGUACAGAGGACACAUGGUACAGAGGACACAUGCUACAGAGGACACAUGGUACAGAGGACACAUGUUACAGAGUACACAGAGGACACAUGGUACAGAGGACACAGAGGACACAUGGUACAGAGGACACAUGCUACAGAGGACACAUGGUACAGACAACACAGAGUACAGAGGACACAUGGUACAUAGGACACAUGGUACAGAGGACACAUGCUACAGAGGACACAGAGGACACAUGGUACAGAGGACACUCACCAGUGCGCCUCCCUCAGGACGCUGCUCCUCCUCCGCUCUGCGCCUCCUCACUGCACCACAACAGAGACAGAGGGGUCAGCUGAACUGUAACGAUGUAUGGCAGCCCAGGAACAUAAAGUAA